GGAACUAUGACCAGGUGCUCCGGAGACUCUGUUGUUCACGUCGAUGCGCUAUGUUAGUUCUUGGAGUUGGAUAUUUGCAGUGUUUUUCAUUAGUGGUCGAUGUAUACAGUGUACGGAGGAGUGAUGACCGAUUGCGAGGUGCGGCGAGAGAGACCCUUGGAUGCGAGUCUUGACGUUUCGCAUACGCUGGACCCGCCGCCGCCCGACGUGCUAUUGGCGCUUCUGGCUAGGAAUAAAGCCUUAGAAGGUCUUAUUGAUGAUAAAGCCAGUAUCCCGAAAUGCGGCGGCUGUCACGAGAUGAUCGUGGACCGCUACGUGCUGAAGGUGUCGGACAGGACGUGGCACGCCGGGUGUCUGCGCUGUGUGGAGUGCAGGGCCAUGCUGUCGGGGAAAUGUUUCGCGAGGAACAACCAGCUGUACUGUACUGACGACUUCUUCAAGCGCUACGGCACAAAGUGUGCGGGCUGCGGGCAGGGCAUCCCUCCCACUCAAGUGGUCCGCCGGGCGCAGUCCCAUGUCUACCACCUCCGCUGCUUCGCCUGUGCAGCCUGUGCCAGGACCCUGAACACUGGCGACGAGUUCUAUCUCAUGGAGGAUGGGAAGCUUGUGUGUAAACCAGAUUACGAAGCUGCCAGAGUCAAAGGCGGCGAAGGUUCAUUGGACGGGGACGCGGCGAGCAAGAGGCCGCGGACGACAAUCACAGCCAAGCAGCUGGAGACGCUAAAGAGUGCCUACAGUAGCAGCCCCAAGCCAGCAAGGCAUGUGAGGGAGCAGCUGGCGCACGACACCGGCCUCGACAUGCGCGUCGUACAAGUCUGGUUUCAGAACAGGCGAGCAAAGGAAAAGCGACUGAAAAAGGACGCCGGCCGUACUAGAUGGUCCCAAUACUUCAGAUCGAUGAAAAGUGGGAGUGGAUCUCCGAGACACGACCGACUACUGGAUAAAGAUGAAUUGAAGAUCGACCUGGACUCCUUUAGCCAUCACGAGCUGAGUAACGACAGCUACAGCACGGUAGCCCUGGGGGGAGAAGAAGGUUCGCCAGCCGGAGGUGGCGGAGGGGGUGCGGGUGCCCGUUACGCAGCGACACCCCCUUACCUCCGGGCACACUCCCCGCCAGCACCGCAUCACUACCACUACCCACCUGAUCACCUCGUUUAUACCAAUAUUGGGCAAGCGAUGAGCGGCGCCGGCAUGGGAGGCACCGGUGCCGGCGGCGCGUCAGAUCUGAGCAGCUCGUCCUCCCCGGCGGCGGGCGGGUACCCCGACUUCCCGCCGUCCCCCGACUCGUGGCUGGGAGAGCACCACUACUCGCCGCGGGGCUUCCCCUAGCGGCGGCCGCCGCCGGCGCACGCGCAGCCCGCGCCCGUGCCGCCCGCCGCACCCUAUGUCCUCCCCGCCCAGCCCCUGGAGCUCGUCGUCAAACGUGAGCUGUGAUUCAUCACAUCAGUAUGGAAAUAUCAUCAAACUAUGAUAAUUGAUGACACUGUUUAGUAUGGAGUUGCCUGACAAACAGAUGAACAAUUAAAAAAUAUCUCAACUAUUACAAAUGCGACCAAUUGGAAAAUAAAAUUAAUGUUAUAAAGUUACUUAUCGAUGUUCUCUCUGGUAAACUUUGUUGUGGUGUGGAGUGGUUGAAAUGAUUUUCGAGUCGAUUAUAGAUUUUUAUUCGAGAUGUAAAUACCUAUUGUAAGUUGUUAUCAUUUAAGUUAAGAUUACUUAAGUAUGAAUGAAGACAAUUGUAAAUAUUUAACUAAAAUUAAAUGAGUGUGUUUAUAUAUAUGUAAUAUUAAAGCCUUAACAAAUCCAGGUACUUUGUGUAUAAAUAUAGAAGUCGAGUACUCAUCGUAAAAUUGUUUUUAUUCAGAUAAUGAGAUGUUACAGAAUCCGAAAAGUGAAGUUAUAUGUUAAUUUACUAAAUUAUAAAAGAAAUAGGAUUAACAACCAACAAACACUAAUUAAUUCUGUACAUAUAAUUUAUUAAUGUGUUUUUAGGUAAUUUAGAUCAUUCUAAGUCUAUAGUGACCAUUAUACUUUGUGCAAAAGAAAUCUAGUCGACAGAUAAAUGGUAUAUAAAUAAUACAUACGCUAAUC